AUGUCAGAAAUUGAAUCAUUCCCGGGAUGUCAUGAAAUAUCAAGGGAUAAUUCUAUGAAAUUGGAUAGUACCAAACUAGAUGCUAUGAAGCUUUACAGAAGGAAAAAAAAUGCUAGGAAAAAACUAAAAAGUUCAAUUACAUCAUCAUAUAAUUUGAGACCGAAAAAUAAGACUUAUAAUUUUAAUUUUCGAAAACAAAUGCAAAGAGAAAAGUGUUUUAAAAAAAGCGAAGAAUUUAAAAAAAACAGAACGUUAAAAUUUUACAAAACGGAUAAUAAUAAUCCGAGAGAUGAGGAAUCCAAAUCAGAAGACGAACCUGAAUUUUUGGCAGCGGAUUUAAAAUCAUUUAAAAUUGCUAAAAGGAAAAUUAAAAAUAUCACGAGUAAAAAAAAACCGAAAAUGGUUGAUGAAAAAAAAACUAAACUCAUAUUAGAAUCGAUAGUUAGUUCGGAAAAAAUGAUAAAUGAAAAUUUAAAAUUUAAAAAUCCAAAAGAAGAUUAUGUCGAUCCGAAAGAAGUCAAAAAAAACAAUGUGUUUCCAAUGCAAGUUGAUGCCGAGUCUGAUGAACCUGCAUUUGGAGAAAAUAAUUCUGAACAAUCGAAUAAUGACAAAUUAAACGUUCACUCAAAUGAUACCAAUGAUUUAAAUAAGGAAUGUAAAAAAGAAGAAUCCGAAGAAGUUUCGAAUAAAAAAGAAAGUUUGGAAACUAAAAAAGAAGAAAAUCAAAACGAAGGAGAGACGAUGCUCGAAUCUCCAGCUACAGCUUCAAUAGAAAAAAAACCCAACAUAAGGACGACGAUGACGUUGAAAAAAACAACAUUGAUUCCAGUAAAUGAUGAAUGCAUCGUCAUUAAAUUCCCGGAAUAUUAUCCAGAAGAAAAAAUUAAAAAAUUUCAUUCACUCGUACCGUCUUUUUCCGAUGCUAUACAAAAAGCUCUUCAUCAACUUCGGGAUGGAUUAUGUCUGAGUCGAAGUUACGUCAUCAAUAUAGAAGCAGUAGAAUCACAUUUUGACGGUCCUGUCGAAAAAAGGAAAAUAUUUAAAAUACACGAAAAUCAAAACGAUUUAUGCGAAAGAAAAGUUGUAGAAAAGGAAAUAAUUAAACCUCCAUCGGAAGAGGAAAAACAACCGAUUGAAAAAAAAACCGAACAAGAAUGGGAUGGUAAAAAAGAAAAAGAAAAUAAAACGGAAAUGAUAACUAAAAAAAAUAACGGAGGAGGAGGAGAAGAAGAAGAAAUCAUAAAACAGGAAAAUUCACCGGAAACGUUAAAAUCAGAAGAACAAAAUAAAAUGAAAAAAGAUUCACCGGAAAAAUCAAAAUCGGAUUGUAAUAGCAAUCCAUGUUUAAAACCUAAAAAUGAUAAUGUUAAACUUGAUGAAAAUCCGUCAUCAUCAUCAUCAUCUAGUCAAAUAAUUGAAAAAAAAUUAUUUAACGAUUCCGGUGAAAGUUUUUUCCGUCCUAACAUAUUGAGAAAACCCAAUCCGGACAAACAACUUUCCGACAUAGAAAAUUUAAAAACUGAUAUUCUUUUACACUUAUCGGAAAACAUUAAUCUCGAAGCUAUGUUAGACGAUCAAAUGGAACAUAUUUUCGAAGAAAAUUAUCAAUCAGAAGAAAAUAUGAAAGAUUUAGAUUUUGUUUUCAUUAAAAAUAAUCUAUCGGAUUUAUCGGAAAAAGAAAAAAUGGAUUUACUCGCGGAUACUUUAUUCGAUUUAAAAAAUGAAGAAAGAAAGAGUAAAAAACUCAUUCACGAAUGUGAAAUUUGUCAAAAAAAAUUCGAUAGACAUUGGGUUUUAAAAGGUCAUAAAAGGUUACAUAGCGGAGAAAAACCAUUUGUUUGCCCGGAAAAUAAUUGCGGGAAAACGUUUGCCGACAGGUCAAACAUGAGAGCUCAUCAGAGAACGAGAGGUCACCAUAAAUGGGAGUGGCGGUGCGCAUCGUGUAACAAAGCAUUCAGUCAAGAAAGAUAUUUGGAUCGUCACAGACCAGAAGCAUGUCAAAAAUAUUUAAAAUAUACAGUAAGGCAUAGUGCAAAAACAAUACCCAAAGCAUUGGAUAAAAAUUCAAAUGAAGAUGGUUUAAGGGAAGAAUCAUUUAAUUCAGAAUCAUCAGAUAAAGAAUAG